CACACGCACGCUCGCACAUCAUUAUACUGGUAGAUCUCCGGCCAGAGGGGUACAAAAUAUAAACUAUCAGUGCAGUCGCGGGUCGUCGUUCUUUCAACCAUGUUGCGUUUAAUCAGCAAGAAAAUUAAUUACAACUCGCUGCGCGGUUUCGCAACAGCUGUACCUGCACCAGAAACCAAUCCAUCAGUGCUUUAUGCUGGAAUUUUUAUCAACAAUGAAUGGCAUCAAUCAAAAUCUGGAAAAAAAUUUGAAACCCUUAAUCCUGCUACAGAAGAAUGCAUCGCUCAAGUUCAGCAAGGAAGUGCUGAAGACAUUAAUAUUGCAGUACAAGCAGCACAAGAAGCUUUCAGAUUAGGUUCACCAUGGAGAACUAUGGAUGCUUCUCGAAGAGGCCUUUUGUUAAACAGAUUAGCUGAUUUAAUGGAAAGAGACCGCACAUACUUGGCUUCCUUAGAAACUUUAGACAAUGGAAAACCUUACUCAACAUCUUAUGGCUUUGAUGUCCCAGCAAGUAUUGGAGUUCUAAGAUAUUAUGCUGGUUGGGCAGAUAAAAAUCAUGGAAAAGUUAUUCCAAUGGAUGGUAAAUUUUUUGCUUACACAAGACAUGAACCAGUUGGAGUUUGUGGACAAAUUAUUCCCUGGAAUUUCCCUCUUCUGAUGGCAGCUUGGAAAUUGGGACCUGCUUUGGCAACAGGAAAUUGUGUUAUCCUUAAACCAGCUGAACAAACACCACUUACUGCAUUGUACAUUGCUCAAUUGACAAAAGAGGCUGGAUUCCCUCCAGGCGUUGUCAAUGUGGUUCCAGGGUUUGGGGAUGCUGGUGCAGCAUUAGUGCAUCAUCCUCAUGUUGACAAAGUAGCUUUUACUGGCUCAACAGAAGUUGGUAAACUUGUACAGAAAGGAGCUGCUGAGAGUAAUUUGAAAAGAACAACAUUAGAACUAGGAGGAAAAUCUCCUAACAUUAUCUUUAGUGACAGUGAUAUCAAUGAAGCUGUUGAAACUGCUCAUUUUGGAUUGUUUUUCAAUAUGGGACAAUGUUGUUGUGCUGGAUCAAGAACAUAUGUAGAAAGUUCUAUCUAUGAUGAAUUUGUGGAAAGAAGUGCUGCCAGAGCAAAAGCAAGAACAGUUGGAAAUCCUUUUGAUAUGAACAUUGAAAGUGGUCCACAGAUUGAUGAAGAACAAAUGAAUAAAAUAUUAGGUAUGGUAGAAAAAGGAAAAUCUGAAGGAGCAAAGUUAGUACAAGGAGGUAGUAGAGUUGGUGAAAAAGGAUACUUUAUUGCUCCAACUGUUUUUGCUGAUGUUAAAGAUAAUAUGACCAUUGCAACUGAUGAAAUUUUCGGACCAGUUCAACAAAUAUUGAAAUUUGACAAAGUUAGUGAAGUUAUUGAGAGGGCAAAUAAAACUGAUUAUGGAUUAGCAGCGGCAGUUUUCACAAAAGACAUCGAUAAAGCUAAUUACAUUGUUCAAGGAUUAAGGGCUGGUACUGUUUGGGUAAAUACCUAUAACGCCUUGGCAACUCAAGUACCAUUUGGAGGAUACAAAAUGUCUGGAAUGGGAAGAGAAUUAGGAGAGUAUGGUUUGGAAGCUUAUACAGAAGUUAAAAGUGUUAUCACCAAGGUACCCGAAAAAAAUAGUUAGAUGAGUAGUUGAACGAUUUUUUGAUAAAAGUGUUAUGAUGACUAUAAUUUUUUUUACACAUUUGUACUUUGAAAUAUGUAGAUCAUAGGUAUAUUAUUCAUUGUAAAUGAAAAUAUUUUUUUAAUCAUGUACAAUUCGUUAUUAUGUGUCCACCACUUCAAGUGUUUCAAGAAAAUUUGUGAUAGACGUAUCAGUUAAAAAUAAAACGCAACAGACUUUAU